UUGCUCUCGUUUGCUGGGUUUCUUAUGUUACAUUCGAGGCGUCGCGUCCGUACGUGCGCUCAGUAUGAAAAUUCGUGUUUGUUGCGACGCAACAAUGCGACACGUCUCCCGCAGCUUUAUAUUGCUCCUUCUGGCCUGUCGCCUUCAGCGCGGAUGUGCAGGUGAAGAACCCCCGGACACGCUUUCUUCCUUAUCAGCCAGUAUACGCUCCAGGGUUUUUGAUAAAAGAAAUUAUGACGCGUCGGUGCGACCUACCAAAGGCAACGGCGGCGUUACAAGCAUUAACUUUGGUUUUACACAAGCAAGCAUUCGGGAGGCACAGACGGACCUGCAGGAUGGGUACUUGGACAUCUCCGCGACAUUCGGUCUCAUGUGGCAGGACGGUAGGCUUGCUUCGGAGAUGUGGAAGAGAAGAGAUAUCGUGAUCGACAACCCGCAAGAAAUAUGGACGCCUGGACUGACACCAGUGAACGCCCUUCGGUACACCAGCAAGGACAAAGUACGGGCUGGAUCUCAUUCUAACAUCGUCAUACUGUAUUCUGAAUUCCAAGCCCGGUUUCCCUGUUACAUGGACAUGACUGAAUACCCGUACGACGAGCACAACUGCACAAUCACAUUUGCUGCACUCUCUUAUCCACGUGAAGAUGUUGAACUUGGAGUAACACUAAUACGGCCCGGCAAUCACACGGUUGACUUUUCGAAAUGGCAGCUAGUUUCAACGUGGGCUUCUACUGGUCAGUUCUUGGACAGUUCGUCGGUGCAACUGGUCUUUCGUUUUCGCCGUAUCAAUGCUGCCAGUUACAGAUACACGAUUAUGAUACCGACAGCAGGCGUUGCGUUGACGACUUUGCUGGUACUGUGGUUACCCGUGGCAUCCGGCAGAAAAGUGACGUUGGCCUGCUUCAAUCUUGUGACCACAAGGUGGCUACUCUACCAGGUGACUUGGCUGUUGGAAUCUUCGGUGUCUGUGCCGAAGUUAGUCAUUUACCUGAGCAUAGCGACAGCAACAAACGCCGCCAUCCUUGUGUGGUCUGUCGUGACCCUCAGCAUCGCAGCGACAUCGACGCCCAGGACUCGCGUGCCUGAAAUCGUCGAACGCUUCCUUCAACAUCCCUUCGCCGUAAAUGCAUUUUGCUUGGCAUCCAGUAGUGCAGACUGCGAUGCUGUGGCAGCACAAGAUAAUCGGGAGGACACUGCUGAAGCAGAGCAGCUGACAAUGGUGGAAUCUGCGUCGCAGAAGGACACUCGGCUUAUGACAGCGAAAGCGUUGGACAGGUUCGCGUUUUAUAUUUUUUUCGUCGUUCUUAUUGGCACGUUCACUUGGAGUUGUAUUUGAUGUUAUCUCUAGUUUUGUUAUCAAGCCGAGGUUGGAAAUAGUUUGCUAUUUUGAAUAAACGGGACAUCAGACGUGUACUACCUCUA